AACUUGCCAUCCCUAUUUGUGGUAAAAACUCAAAUAAAAUAAAAAUUAAGCAAAAAAUGACUGAAGAAGCUAACAUUCCCGAGCAAAUAGCUAAUGGCAAGAACAAAACCAAUGUGCGCUGUCAGUUCUGCAACAGUUUGAUGCUAAAGGCGAGCGAGGGGAGCUACAGCGAGCAGGAGAUAGAUGUACCGCUGAUGGUGCAAAAGCAGGACAGGAAGGCGGACAGCCUGAACACGGAGCCCUUGAAGCACUUCUGGCUGGUGAAGGACAUGCUGUCGUUCGAGAACAUUGGCUUCUCCCACACGGUGGACGGCAAGAAGUUUCUGGUGUGCGCCGACUGUGAACGCGGACCCGUGGGCUACCACGAGCUGAGCACCAAGCAUUGUUACCUGGCCCUCAAGCGGGUGGUGCAUACGGACUAAGUGGACUGGAUCUGGCCAAGAUCUCACGGCUACAUUUAUGAUUGAGCGCACACUGCUUUUAACUUAACCCCAGUAUAACGUGUGUAUUAUAUGGUGCGAGUGCAUGCCGCAGAAGAGCUCUUUAAUAUAUGUAUUUUAAGCAAUUCCCCUGGCCCGGGCACACACAGAAAAACAUUCAGUUUUUGUAUUCAUAUUUAUUGUUUUUCACUUUAAACAUUUUACAAUUUUAUCGCAUUAUAAAUAUUGCAUUUUUUUAGAGGAGAUUUCAUUCUUAACUAAAAAAUUGUCACUAUAAACUGUGUAUUUUGCUAUUUGUUUGAACUAAAAAUCAUGUAUUUGUUGCUUUGGUUUCUGUAACACGUUUAACAUACAGUUAUGAAUUUUA